UCCAACCUUUCCAAAAAAAAACACCUUGUUUAUGGCAAAGGUGUCUGCAGACUGUGGUGAGCUGGCAGUGGGAGUGAGAGAGAGGAAGAGAGACACUGGAAACACAAUCGCCUAAUCUUCUAAUGUACGUCGGCACUUUGAUGCAGUUGAAGGUGUUUUCAGGCGGGACAAGGGUUGGACAUUACCUCACUCUGAGCGCUUUCCGCGGGAGAGAAACGAGCGAGUAAUUAGCUGAUUACAGGCCCGUCAGAUGCGGCUCUGCCUCCAUCCAAUCCCUGCUCAUGCUGCUCGUGCAGGACGGCCUUCAGUCAGUGUGUCAGCAGGGGAGGAGAAGGAUGGAGACACACACACACACGCACACAUACGCACGGUACUAGGUUAAGUUGAGAUUAAAGAGCAGGAGGGACGCGAUGCUGCUGAGUGACACGUGCGGAUUCAAGGAAACGCGCAUGCAAAAUACGUUUUUUUUUACAUAAAUUAGUAUAAUAAUAUGUCUUUUUAAGCAUUUUACAGCUUUAUUUUAAGCUGAUCCAUGUGGGCUUUUAUGAAAUAAUACGGACAAGAGCAGAGUUUGUGUAUUGAGGCUCCGCUCUCUGCGCGCUGACGCACGGCACAGGUGUGCGCACCCGUCCAGCCCUUUGAAGCCGCCAUGGAGAAAUCCAAAAACUUCAGAAUCGACGCCCUGCUCGCGGAUGAGACCAACCGGUGCGGCAGAGACCUCUCCCCGGGUCAGAGCAGCGACAGCCCCGCGGGCAGUCCGCUCUCCUGCCGCCGCGCGGACACCCCGUCCCCGCGCGCAACGCAACUCCAGAACGGACUAAUCCCCAAAGCGGGCCCCCUCAGUCUCCCGCAUCCAGGACUCGCGUCACUACAACAGAGCGCCAUCCACGGCAUGUACCCGGCACCCAUGUAUCCACUGUCGGCGCUGAGUGCUGCAGGCCAGCACCCCGCCUUCGCCUACACCGGUUUCACGCAGCUGACGCAGAGUUACCCGGAUCACCUGAAGGCUGCGGCCAUGGCGGGACAUUUGCCGCUGGAGCACUGGAUCCGCGCGGGCAUCAUGAUGCCACGACUGCCCGACUACAGCACAGGCCCUCAGUCCGGUCUGCUGGGAAAGUGUCGGAGGCCUCGCACGGCGUUCACCAGUCAGCAGCUGCUGGAGCUGGAGAACCAGUUCAAACUCAACAAGUACCUGUCCAGACCCAAGCGCUUCGAAGUGGCCACCUCGCUCAUGCUGACUGAAACACAGGUGAAGAUCUGGUUCCAGAAUCGCCGGAUGAAGUGGAAGCGCAGCCGGAAGGCGAAGGAGCAGGCCAGCGCGUCGGCUCAGUCUGACGCCGAGCGACUGCGCAACGGAGGGAAGACUGCCAAGGACAAAUCUGCAGAGAGCAGGCGAGCUCCCAGUCCUGAUGACGGCGGGAUAAACCUCGACAUGGAGGACGGGGAAGAGGAGGAGGAGGAAGAGGACGAGGAGGAGGAUGAGGAGGAGGAGGAAGAAGAGGCGGGAGGCAGGCACGCUUUCCCCGUUGCCAUGGGCAACGGCGUGGGGAUGCCUCGACCCACGGACUUCUUGCAGCGCGGCACAGAGGUCGGCUACAAUCCCCACAGCCCUUUCUCUGACGAGGAGCUGGACGGAGUGCAAGUGGGAGCAGGCGACAGGAAGAUUGGAGCUGGACUGUGAGGAGGAGACGAGUGUGGCAGAGACAUUGCACUGGGACACUGGGACACUGGGCCAGUGGGACUCUGAUCUAAAGAGGACACACUUCCAAAAACAUGAAGGUCUUUGUCUGGUCUGGUCUGUGAAUGUGACACCAAACACACACAGGACUGUGGUACAAAUAUAUUGUGUACAUUUCAUAGCAUGCUAAAAAAGAAGAAGAAGAAGAAGGUGCUCAUUUCCUCCCUAAAUGUGAGCUGUUUUCAUGUGUGUGUGUGUGUUUAAUGACCUCCUGGUCACCUUGUCUUUUGUCCGUCCACUGACAGCUGCAGCUCCACCCAGUGAACAAACACGCACGGCCACACCAGCGAACUGUUGAGACAGCGUGAGAAUGUACAGAAGAGGUGCAGCCUCCUCCUCGUCCUCCUCCUUCUCCUCCUCCUCCUCCUCCGCUCGCCGCGUCAAAGUCAAACAAGCUGCAACGUUUGUGGCCGAAGCUGAAACGACAGACACCAGCUGCUCCGGGAUUCUUCUGCAGGACGUCCCAUGUUUCACAUUAUUGUGCAUUCUUUUUUGUGUGUGUGUGUGAGUGUGUGUGUGUGUGUGUGUGAAUUCCUUCUCUCACGUUGUAAAUGAAUUUAUUAAGUUAUUUGAACAAACAGGAAUCGUGUACGCGUAUUUAUCUGGAACUUGUUUGUGGUGUAGAUAUGAAGUUUAAAAUGUGACGGCAAAAACGAGAAAUAAUAAAACAAAAAAAG